AUGAAUUUCUCUGGUGGUCAUGGCAUGGAAGGUGAUUUGUUUGAUAUGCUUUCAAAUGGAGGUGGUAUGGGAGGUUUUAUGGGUGGAAGUGGACUUCUUGGACAAAUGUUUGGAGGUGGUUCAAGACGACGGAAGGGAGAGACAACAGUCCAACCUUUAAAUGUUACUCUUGAAGAUCUCUACAAUGGAAAGACUUCAAAGUUGCAACUCACAAAGAAGGCACUCUGCAAAACUUGUAAUGGGUAA